GGAAGCACAAAAGAAAAAACUUCAAAUUAUGAUAAUAAGAAUGCGCUUGGAACUCGAGACAUGAGCCACCUUCGAGCAACAAAAUCUGGACUUCUCAUUUGCACAGUCAUUUGCAUCUUCGUUUUUCUUUAUUUAAGGAACCCAACUCAGGAGGAACCCAAGGAGGAACCCACUGACCCAGCGGUAGUGGAAUGUGGCUUUUAUCCAGACGAAUUGUGUUCAGCUUUAUUUGAAAGGAAAGGGGCAGCCUCUCAAAUUGCAAAAUUUUGUAAAAACCCACAGAGAUCUGAAAUACUUGCUCAUUUACACGCACCAGGAAACUGCUCCAGGAUCUCCCAGGGUUUGCAUUUCAUAACCAGACCCCUGUCUGCAGAAGAGGGCAAUUUCUCUCUGGCAUAUAUUAUAACUACUCAUAAGGAGCUGGCCAUGUUUGUGCAGCUUCUCAGAGCUAUUUAUGUACCUCAAAACGUUUACUGCAUUCAUGUCGAUGAAAAGGCCCCAAAGAAGCAUAAGACUGCUGUGCAAAUCUUGGUUAACUGUUUUGAAAACAUUUUUAUUUCAUCAAAGAAAAAGAAGGUGGCUUACACUGGCUUUACAAGACUCCAGGCAGAUAUCAAUUGCAUGAGAGAUCUAGUACAUUCCAAAUUUCAAUGGAACUAUGUCAUUAAUCUUUGUGGACAGGACUUUCCAAUCAAAACCAACAAAGAAAUCAUACACUAUCUCAGAAGCAAAUGGUAUGAUAAAAAUAUAACUCCUGGAGUAAUCCAACCACCAAACAUUAAAUUCAAGACAAGUCAAAGCCAUCUGGAAUUCAGUCCUGAAGAAAGUAUCUGUGUAUCUCCAAAUAAAAGAUUCGAAUAUGAGCCACCCCACAACUUAACAAUUUAUUUUGGAAGUGCAUACUAUGUACUUACGAGAAAGUUUGUAGAGUUCAUACUGACUGAUAUCCGUGCGAAAGACAUGCUUCAGUGGUCCAAAGGCAUCCACAGCCCAGAGCAUCACUACUGGGUGACCUUGAACCGACUAAAAGAUGCUCCGGGUGCUACACCAAACGCUGGCUGGGAAGGAAACGUUCGAGCUGUGAAAUGCCGAAAUGAAGAAGGAAAUGUUCACGAUGGAUGUAAAGGCCAUUAUGUCCAAGACACCUGCGUUUACGGACUUGGAGACUUGCCAUGGAUCAUUCAAUCACCUUCUUUGUUUGCCCACAAAUUCGAGCCCUCCGCAGACCCCCUUGUGGUCAGGUGCUUAGAGAGGCGGCACAGAUGGGCAGCUCUGCGGCAGGCAGAAGUCCCCGCAGAACAACACUGGCGCUUCCCACAGCAGAGUCACUUUAACACGGACUUGAACGGCUGAGAAGUGUUUGCUUCCUUACUGGGCUCAUUCUAUUUCCUUAACUUGAAAUAAGAGAACAAGGAAUCAGUCCUACAACUUAGAAUGGAAUAUGAUGCAGAUUUCUCUUAAAAUGAACUCAGAAACAUGUGAUGGACAAGGCUUUACUUCUGAUUAUAGGCCACAUUUAUAACUUUGAGAGAGAAAUCACAAGAGAAAAAAAUAAUCCAAGUUACCACUGGUGACAUGUACAUAAGUACCCAGAAGGCCAAUUGUUGCUGAAAACCAAAAUUCUCCAAAUGCUCAGAUCCAGGUUCAAACUGGAGUAAGAACAAUACAUGUUUUGAAG